UCUUCAUGCUCCUGGGAGGUAGAACACCAUUUAUCCUUCGGGGCCGUCACCAUGAUAAACCUUUCUCUAAAGAUUGGUACGCGCGACCCGGCGCCCGCGAACCCUAUGUGCAAUCCCCAACCGCAUACGAGCUUCUUGGAGACUGCUAUGUUCAUGAACGUAUGGAUGGGGAAGGCAUCAAUAUUUGGGAAGAUGUUGGUUCGAACCACCCCAGGCCUAUUCAUCGAGAUCUUGGGGAAGCUGGGCAUAGUACCUGGUAGCUCACACAUCGGAUCCAUAGGUCAUGAGGAAAAGUGUUUCGAUAUAAAAGAGGCCGGUACCCGGUGGCAGAAACAGGUUAGCAAUUGGUAUCAAUCGGCAGAAGCAUGGCAAGACGCGUACUCGGCGUUCUAGCAUCAACUGGACGAGUCGGAGAGUUUUGCUUCGCGGCGACCAUGCACGUAGAUGGCAAAUUGCCAAGCAAGACUAUGACAUUCUAGCAUGGAAAAGUGCUAAAACGUGGUCGCAACACUCCCUGCAAGCUUGCGAGAAGGAAAUCCGACAUUGGCUUGAAGAACGGGAAUUGGCAGCACAGAAGCUCAAGGAGGAAGGCCUUGAUAACCGCAAAGAAGCGGUUGAAGCUGCAGAAAAUGCCUCACUGACUACGUAUCCCUCUGAGGAAUGCCGGACGCGUCUAAAGUAUUCGAUUGCAGAAGUGGGACGAGAGAAAUUUGCGAUGGAAAAUUCAAAUCUAUAGGUUAGGCGUGGAAGCCUUGAUUAUCGUGCUGGUCUGAUAGGGGUUGCUCUGUUUCUUUACGGUUGAUAUGUUGC